CGGAGCGAAGCGAACAGGGGCUUCCCCGAGGAUUAGCCCCUCGCCACCUCCCGCCGCCGCGCAGGAAUGAGAUGUUAAUUCUGCAGUGUUGAUGUUUUACAAUGCCUGAUCAAGACAAAAAGGUGAAGAGCACAGAAAAGGGAACAGACAAAAAACCCCAAGGGAUCACUGCAAGGGAUUACUCUGAUCUUAAAAGACUUCGGUCUCUUUUAAAUGUCCAGUCAAGCAAACAGCAGCUCCCAGCCAUUAACUUUGAAACUGCUCAAAAUAGUAUGACCAAGUCAGAACAAUACACUAACAAGACUAAUGGACAAAGAAGCCGAGGUCAAUGGCAAGAAUCAACUGAAGCUGUUGAACUUGAAAACUUUAGUGUGAACUACAGGAAUGAGAGAAAUUUUAGCAAGCAUGCUCAACACAAACAGUUUCAAGAGAUCUUUACAGCUUUGGUUAAGAACAGACUUACCUGCAGGGAGUGGGUUAAUCGAGCCCCAUCCAUCCAUUUCCUGAGAGUACUAAUCUGUCUUCGAUUAUUAAUGAGGGAUCCAUGCUAUCAGGAAGUGCUCCAUAACCUGGGUGGGAUUGAAAAUCUAGCCCAGUAUAUGGAAACAGUAGCAAAUGGAUAUCUUGGAUAUGGAGAAGAGCAGCAUAAUGUAGACAAAUUGGUCAACAUGACAUAUAUUUUUCAAAAACUCUCUGCUGUUAAAGAUCAAAGAGAAUGGGUUAUAGCCAGUGGAGCACAUAAAACUUUAGUAAAUUUGCUAGGAUCCAGAGACAGUAAUGUACUGUUGGGUGCACUCCUUGCUCUUACUAGCUUAGCAGAAAGCCCAGAAUGUAGGGAGAAGAUCAGUGAGCUCACCAUUGUAGAAAACUUGCUGGUGAUAUUACAUGAAUAUGACUUGCUAUCUAAAAGGCUGACUGCAGAGCUGCUACGCCUCCUCUGUGCUGAGUCACAAGUCAAAGAGCAAGUGAAACUGUAUGAAGGAGUUCCUAUCCUGCUCAGUUUGCUUCAUUCAGAUCAUCUCAAGCUUUUGUGGAGUGUAGUUUGGAUUCUGGUACAGAUUUGUGAAGAUUGUGAGACUAGUGUGGAAAUCCGUAUUUGGGGCGGUAUCAAGCAACUCCUUCAUAUAUUACAGGGAGAUAGAAAUCUAGUUUCUGAUCGUUCUUCUGUUGGGAGUUUAUCUAGUGCAAAUGCAGCAGGGAGACUCCAACAGCUUCGUUUGUCAGAAGAUUUAAGUCCUCAAGAAAUACAAGAAAAUACUUUCUCCCUUAAAGCAGCUUGUUGUGCUGCAAUUACUGAACUGGUGCUCAAUGACACUAAUGCUCACCAAGUAGUACAGGAAAAUGGGGUAUAUACAAUAGCAAAACUGAUUUUACCAAACAAACAAAGGAAUGCAGUAAAAGCUAAUUUAUUACAGUGUUAUGCUUUCAGAGCCUUGAGGUUUCUCUUCAGUAUGGAAAGAAAUAGACAUCUCUUUAAAAGACUCUUCCCGACUGAUUUGUUUGAGAUCUUCAUUGAUAUUGGACAUUAUGUUCGUAAUAUCAGUGCUUAUGAAGAGCUGGUAUCAAAGCUAAAUUCAUUACUGGAGGAUGAACUGAGGCACAUUGCUGAAAAUAUUGAAAGCAUUAAUCAGAAUAAAGCACCAUCAAAAUACAUAGGCAAUUAUGCGAUUUUAGAUCAUCUUGGCAGUGGAGCUUUUGGAAGUGUUUAUAAGGUUAGAAAACAUAGUGGCCAAAAUCUACUAGCAAUGAAAGAAGUCAAUUUACAUAAUCCAGCAUUUGGAAAGGACAAAAAAGACAGAGACAGCAGUGUAAAGAACAUUGUCUCUGAAUUAACAAUCAUUAAAGAACAGCUUUAUCAUCCCAAUGUUGUACGAUAUUACAGAACCUUCCUGGAAAAUGACAGACUCUACAUAGUAAUGGAGCUCAUAGAAGGGGCACCGCUGGGAGAACACUUUCAUUCUUUGAAGGAAAGGCAACAACAGUUUACAGAAGAUAGAAUAUGGAAUAUAUUUAUACAACUGUGUCUAGCUCUCCGUUACUUGCACAAAGAGAAGAGGAUUGUCCAUAGAGACAUCACUCCAAACAAUAUCAUGCUGGGCGAUAAAGACAAAGUAACAGUUACUGACUUUGGUCUUGCAAAGCAGAAGCAAGAAAACAGCAAACUCACAUCAGUUGUGGGAACUAUUCUCUACUCCUGGUAA